CGUAUUUUUGUAUCUUCUCUUCGAUAUGUCUAUUCCAUUUGGUCUUGAUCUUGACAACCUUCCUUCUUUCUUUAAUGCUGCGGAUGAACCUGUGCCUGAUACUAAAGUCAAUCUAUCAGAUGAUUUCAAUUUCAAGCAAUCUACUAACACCCUUGUUGAAAAUAAACGAAAGGCUGAAGAGUCCCUGAAAGGAUAUAUUAACGAUUACAUGCUGACUAGUCCCAAAAUUCCAAAGUCUUCUAAAGAUGAUACUAUUCCUGAGUUCGAGGCUCCCUGUAUUAAAAUCCACAAAGUGCAGACUUCGGGCGAUUGCACUCAUGAGGUUGCUGUACCUCCAUUUCUUGAGUAUACUGAGCUAACUCCUUCGAGUAGGCCACCUGCAAAAGUCUUUGAGUUUAAGUUGGAUACAUUCCAGCAACAGGCAAUUCUUUGUAUUGACAAUAAUCAAUCUGUUAUGGUUUCUGCCCACACUUCCGCUGGGAAAACUCUUGUCGCUGAGUAUGCAAUCGCCAGCGCCCUUCGAGAACGACAACGAGUGAUAUUUACAACACCAAUUAAGGCUCUUUCGAAUCAAAAGUUCCGCGAAUUUUCAGAACAGUUUAUGGAAGUAGGAUUGUUGACGGGGGACGCUACUAUCAAUCCAAAUGCGAGUGUGCUUAUUAUGACCACAGAAAUACUUCAAUCGAUGCUAUACAGAGGUUCCUCCAUAGUUCGUGAGGUUGGCUGGGUCAUUUUUGAUGAAAUCCAUUACAUGAGGGAUUUGGAAAGAGGCGUUGUUUGGGAAGAAGCUAUUGUACUAUUGCCUGAUUGUAUAAAACUUGUUUUUCUGAGUGCAACUAUUCGAAAUGCUCGUCAAUUUGCUGAAUGGACUGCCCACCUUCAUAAACAGCCAUGCCAUGUUGUGACCUCUGAUCGAAGACCCGUUCCCUUAUGCCACUAUCUAUAUCCAAGAGGAGGGCAAGGGCUUUUUCUUAUAAUAGAGCAGGGUAAGUUUCAUGAAGAUAACUUCAUGCAUGCAAUGCGUUCCUUCUCAGCAGAUGAGAUCGGUGCUUCUUUAUCACGAAAAGGUGCUGAAAAUAGCGUGGUUCAGAUUGUGCAACUCGUAAAGCAUCGCAGCUUAGAACCAGUAAUCGUGUUCAGUUUUAGUAAAAAAGAAUGCGAAAUUUACGCUCUUCAAUUAGCCCAAAUAUCUUUUUUAACCGCUGUGCCAAAAUUCCAGAUCGUUCAAUUAGCUUUUAUCCCCUUCACUAUUACGCGUUCAUGUCUGCCGCAUAAACUCUUUCGAGUCUAUAAUUUUUCAAACUCUGAAAUUUUAGUGUAA